UAAAGAUAAAAAAAUUGCUUAAAAACAAGCACAAAGUGCCAUAAACGUGACUACUACACAGUUGUCGCGGGGGCUAUAUACACUAUAUGUGUAUAGCACUAACAAUAAGUAACUAGCAAUAAAAACAUCCAAUAAGACAAAAAUCAGUCACCAGUGUUCGGCAUUUAAACGUCUAAUAAUUGCGCUUGUUUAUCGUAUCAGCUGAAUAAGAUAUCGAAAAAUACCAGAAACGUAUAACUUUAUGAUAUUCUGUUGUUGUUUCGGUCUUGGUUAAUGCUUAAAGAGCUACAACAUUACGGUAAACCAACCAAUUGUACGGUGGUAGUGUCGAGUGUUGGACGUCGAGAUCGAUACCAAAAUAGUUACGCGAAUUUUGGGUAUUGGUAUCCUGGCACAGCAGGAUUAAAUAUCAACUGUGCACAGUGUGGCGCGUGGUGAAAAUUUCAAAAAAAAAGCAAGCGGUCCUUGAAAGCUUAAGAUCAACAUGGGUUUCAAUUCCAAGUAUCACCUUGAUGUGGACUUUGAGGUGCCAAAGAAGCUGCAAUGGUAUUAUGCGCCCGCCUUCUUCGGCUUCUGGUUUGUCAUCUAUCUGACGCUGGUCAAUACACAAAUCAAUCAUAUGCCGCAGGCUUUGACGCGUACCGAUGAAGCGGCUCGGCCACGUGAUUUCAUUGCACAACGUGCUGAGGAUACGCUGAUUGAGCUGACACGCAUUGGUCCACGUGUGGUGGGCAGUGUGGCCAAUGAGGUAACCACUGUACAAUUCCUACGCGACGAAGUGGCCAAAGUACAGGCGGAGGCGCAUGCACGUUUCGAAAUCGAGAUUGAUGUGCAGCAAGCCACAGGCGCAUAUAUGCAUUGGUCUAUGGUGAAUAUGUAUCAAGGCAUUCAGAAUGUGGUCGUUAAGCUGAGCGAGAAGGGCAACAGCAAUGAGAACGCGUUGCUAAUCAAUUGUCAUUAUGAUUCUGUGCCUGGCAGUCCGGGUGCAGGUGAUGAUGGCUCUAUGGUAGCCACAAUGCUGGAGGUGAUGCGCGUCUUGGCCAAAACCAAUGAGCCGCUAGCGCAUCCCAUUAUAUUUCUAUUCAAUGGCGCUGAGGAGAAUCCGCUGCAGGCUUCGCAUGCGUUUAUAACGCAACACAAGUGGGCCAAGCAAUGCAAAGCACUCAUCAAUUUAGAUUCAGCUGGCAGCGGUGGUCGCGAAAUUCUUUUUCAAUCUGGUCCCAAUCAUCCCUGGCUUAUGAACUAUUAUCGCCAAGUGCCGCAUCCUUUUGCCAACACACUGGGCGAGGAAAUGUUCCAAGCUGGUCUCAUACCCUCCGACACAGAUUUUCGCAUCUUUCGUGACUAUGGCGGUGUACCUGGUCUGGAUAUGGCUUACAUCUUCAAUGGCUAUGUCUAUCAUACAAAGUUUGAUCGUGUAAAUGUUUUUCCACGCGCCAGCUUUCAACAUACGGGCGAUAAUGUUUUGGCUUUGGCUAGAGCGUUUGGCAAUGCACCGGAGCUGGACGAUACGGCUGCACAUGCUGAAGGUCACAAUGUGUUCUACGACUUUCUGGGCUGGUUCAUUAUUUUCUACACCGAAACCACCAACAUAAUUGUUAAUGUGGUUGUGGGCGUUUUGGCUCUUCUAGCCAUUGGCAUCUCUCUCUACUUCAUGUCUGUGCGUUCGGGCUGCAGCUUAAAGGGCGUGCUGCUGCGCUUUGGUAUUAUAUUCGGCAUACAGUUGGUCUCUUUGGCUUUGGCUUGCGGUCUCACUUUGCUCGUGGCUGUCUUUAUGGAUGGUGUGGAACGUUCACUUAGCUGGUUUACACAAAUGUGGAUGAUUAUUGGUCUCUAUGUAUUCCCCAUUAUCUUUGGCAUGAGCAUACUGCCUGCUAUAUAUUUGGAGCGGACCAAGCAAGAUGCUUUAGCGCUGGGUUUUCGCAUACAGCUCUUCAUGCACUCACAUUGUGUCUGUCUCAUUAUAUUGAUGUUUACCAUGACCGGACUAGCUAUACGUUCAGCCUAUAUUAUAAUGCUGGCUGUAUUGUUCGAUAUUGUAGCGUUGAUCAUUAACUUGGUUACCAAAUGGCAUCGCAAGGCUUAUUGGUUUGCCAUUGCUGUCAUGAUCUGUCAGAUUUUGCCUUUCACCUACUUCACCUAUGUUUGUACUGCAGCUCUUAUGACUUUAAUACCCAUGCAGGGACGUUCGGGUUCGUCCAGUAAUCCAGACCUAGGCAUUGCUUUGUUGGUCUGGCUAUUCUCCUUAAUGUUUGCUGGCUUUAUUGUACCAUUGAUUAUGUUCUUCCGUAAAACACGCACCAUUGUGCUUUGCUUCUUAGCCGGCACUAUACUCUUUAUCAUCAUUGGCGUCACAAGUGCUGGCUUUCCAUAUCGACCAAAAACUUCUACGCAACGUUAUGCGCUUAUUCAUGCACAUCGUCGACUUCAUAAUGCAGAUGGUACCGUACGUCUAGAUGAGAGUGGUCUUUAUAUCUAUCCACAAGAUCGCAGAUUCAACAUCGCCCUUGACGAUUUGAAAGUUUUGGGUGAUAUACAUAAAGUCAGCGAGUUUUGCGAUGAAGAAAUGUUUUGUGGCAUGCCGCUUUAUAAUCAUCGUUGGCACAAGGCUCGCGAAUAUAGUCUCUGGAUACCCGUCAAGGAGCAGCCGCAAUUACCUGAUGCACAUCCAGCCUUAACACUGACAGAGACCCAAGAGUUGGCUGAUGAUACACAGCGAAGAUUUAAUUUCUCUUUGGUGGGACCUGACCAUAUGACCAUCUUUGUUAAUGUUAAAAACGAAGCUAAGAUAUUGGACUGGUCAUUUAAUGAAACGUUGAUAAAAAGAAAUGAGGAGCCGCCUUAUUUUAUUUACUUCUCCUAUGGCAUAGAUAAAAGUGCACUUGAGUUUAGCAUAGAUGUUGAGAAGAAGACUUCAUUUGACACGCCCACUUUGGAGAUUGGCAUUGGUGGUCACUGGGUGCAUCAGGACGUAAGCAGAUCAGAGGGUUUCAAUGCACACAUCAAUAGUUUUCCGGAUUACACCUAUAUACAGGCUUGGGUGGGCACCUAUGAGAGCUGGUAUUUUUAAAUCUAAAGCUAAUUGUUUACUAAUUAUAGUCCUUAAGCUGUUAUGCGAAACUAAUUGUAAAUUAUAUACGAAUCUGUGCAAGAAAUA